AUGGCCGUUGAACUCGAAGAGCCCCCAAUUGAAAGCAACGCCCAGGUGCUAAAGGACUUGUUUGCAGGCACCAUGGGUGGAAUAGCGCAGGUGCUCGUGGGUCAGCCGUUUGAUACCGUUAAAGUGCGGUUACAAUCAGCACCAGAGGGAACCUAUAGCGGCGCACUCGACGUUAUCAAACAACUCGUGAAAAACGAAGGGUUUGCUGGCUUUUACAAAGGCACAUUGACUCCCUUGAUUGGUGUUGGAGCGUGUGUAUCGGUGCAAUUUUCAGUUAACGAGUUUAUGAAACGGUAUUAUGAUAGAGCCUUGCAAGGUAAACCUUUGGGCUUGGUGCAGUAUUUCAACUGCGGUGCCGUGGCGGGCUUCGCUAAUGGCUUUCUAGCAUCUCCAAUUGAGCAUAUUCGUAUCAGAUUGCAAACUCAAACUGCCCUGCUGAAACAAUUUGUUGGGCCUAUUGACUGCGCGAAAAAGAUUUACGAGAUUGAUGGCAUCAGGGGGAUAUACAAGGGGUUAGGUCCAACUUUGAUUAGAGAGUCUAUUGGAUUGGGCAUUUAUUUCGCUACGUAUGAAGCCCUCGUUGCUAAAGACUUGAAAGACCAUCCACGUUUGACUAGAGCUGAAAUUAAACCAUGGAAGUUGUGCUUGUAUGGUGGAUUGAGCGGAUACGCCUUGUGGAUCGCCAUCUACCCCAUUGACGUUAUCAAAUCGAAACUACAGACUGAUGCUUUGAAGAAUUCUCAGUACAAGACCUCAUUGAGUGUGAUACGGGACGUUUGGAAAAAACAGGGCAUUAAAGGUUUCUACAAGGGGUUCUUGCCCACGAUAUUGAGAGCUGCACCAGCUAAUGGUGCCACCUUUGCCGUGUUUGAAUUGACAAUUAGACUUUUGAACCAAUAG